UGAAAUCCACCAAAGAGGGAAGACCUGAGUCUUUACUAUCCCACGUGCCAGCACAGAAAGGGCUCUGGGAAAGCCUUUAUAAAAUCUAUAGACCCCCCUGAAUAUCAAGUGGGCUUGGAUUUGAACAUUCAAUAGAAAAGGUUAAAGGCUGAUGGGACCAUAAAGGUAGUUGGUAGAUCCCACAAUUUAACUUGAUUCCUAGAUGGAAGCUGCAUUCAUCUGAUACUGAGAGAAGUAAAGUUUCAAGGGACCAAAACCAGAUCUGAAUCUCACUUUUCUAGUAUGGACCUCUUCAGUGCUCUUAUGUCCUGGAUGUACAAUAGAUGAUGACUGCGUUUUUCUUUUACGGUCUCUUCAGCGUCUGGAGACCUCAUUAUCCUAUUAUGUCUUUGUGUGAAGACAUGCUGCUCUGUAAUUAUAGAAAGUGUCGCACCAAACUCUCUGGUUAUGCAUGGGUCACUGCUUGCUCUCACAUCUUCUGUGAUCAGCAUGGUAGUGGUGAGUUUAGUCGUUCACCAGCUAUCUGUCCUGCCUGCAACAGUACCCUUUCUGGAAAGCUAGAUAUUGUCCGCACAGAACUCAGUCCAUCAGAGGAAUAUAAAGCUAUGGUAUUGGCAGGACUGCGACCAGAGAUUGUGUUGGACAUUAGCUCCCGGGCACUGGCCUUCUGGACAUAUCAGGUACAUCAGGAGCGUCUCUAUCAAGAAUAUAAUUUUAGCAAGGCCGAGGGGCAUCUGAAACAGAUGGAGAAGAUAUAUACUCAGCAAAUACAGAGUAAGGAUGUAGAAUUGACAUCUAUGAAAGGGGAAGUCACCUCCAUGAAGAAAGUGCUAGAAGAAUACAAGAAAAAGUUCAGUGACAUCUCUGAGAAACUUAUGGAACGCAAUCGCCAGUAUCAAAAGCUCCAAGGCCUCUAUGAUAGUCUUAGGCUACGAAAUCUAACUAUUGCUAACCAAGAAGGCACAGUUGAACCAUCCAUGAUCGCACAGUCUGGUGUUUUUGGCUUCCCAUUAGGGAACAACUCUAAACUUUCUUUGGAUGAUACACCAGUUCGAAACUGGGGUGGUGGAGAUGGAGAUUUUCAGUUCAGACCAUUUUUUGUGGGUUCUCCCACAGCACCUGAACCCAGCAAUAGCUUUUUUAGUUUUGCCUCGCCAAGUCGUGGAUUACAGCAGGAGCAAGUCUCUAGCAGGGCCUUCAAAGUAAAAAGAGUUUAG